ACAGGUUGACUGGAAAGUCAGUUCCGUCUGCGUCGAGAAUUUCGCUCUACCGGGCCGUGUGUUGUGCAGUAAAAAAACAGACACUUGAUGUUCUUGCCAUAAUAAAGCGCGUUGCUGCACAGUAGAUUACGUAUUCAAUUCUGCUUCCUUUGAUCCCGAGUGAAUUUUGCAGUGGUCAGCUUUUUCGGUCGUUUAACUAUACAGCCAUGUAUCUAUCUGUCUUUAUCGCUCUGACCGCUGUCGGUCUAUGCAGCUCCUUUCCCUCAUUUGUUUGGGGCGGCAAUGUGAAUCCCAUUGAAGCCGGGAUCGCCAGUGGAAUCAAAAAGCCAACCGUGACCGUUAACCGUGAUACGGGCGUCUCCUCCUCCCAGUCCAUUAGCAACAACGUCCUGGCCACGAUGGGCAACAACCCCUCCCUGAAGAACUCCCAAGGCCUGUCCAGCGCCAUCACCAUUAAAGGCCCGCUGGGCACCAACACCGACACCUUUGACAACGUGGCCAACUUCGGCACCAACGCCGGCGACAUCGGGCAGUCGUUCGCGCAGGGCGGCCAGUCGGGACCGAAGAGUGUCGGCACCCAGACCGGCGUCAAUAUCGCCCUGAAGAACGACCGUCCCGGCCAGCCGGCCAUGGCCAGCUCCUUCAACAAGGCCAACCAGUUCGCGGCCAGCACCGGGACCGGCGGCCGUCACGGGACCAAUUUCUGGGGACAGGCUGGCGCGUUCGGCCAGGUGAAUUAACGACGAUGAUGUUCGGUGUGUUUUGUUGUUUCCUCUCUUUUGUUAUUUACCUGAAUGUGUUAAGUAUACCGAUUGGCGAUGUAACGGAUAUGGCGACGUUGGUGUCGCAUAAAUUAUAACUGCACCUUGUGAUUUCCACGUUAACCAUGAGUAUGCAUAAAUAAAGCUACUGUAUCAGUGC